CUAGUUUGACUCAUUAUCCAUUCCAUAUAAGACACAGAUGUUCGAAUCAUCCGUUAACAGUUGGCGAAAGAAAGGAGAUACGAGCGAAUCGCACCUAUCCUCAACGAACAUGAACUACUUCGCACUUUGCUUCCUCGCGGCCAUUUGCGUCGUGCAGGUGAUGGCCUACAACAACCCACUGGAACAGUUGAGGCAACAACUGGAAAAAUCUAAGUCCAAUGUCAACUCGAUCGUGUCAGACAUCAAACGCACUAGAAACAGUCUGUCGUCUUCUACGAGCAGCCAACUGAGCACUAUCAGAGGUAACAGCAUGUCGACCGUAAAUAAAAACAUCGAUUCAGCGAUCAAUGAAAUUCGAGCCACCGUGGAUGCUGCUAAGGCAGAAGGAAAGGAUGUCGAACAGUGCUACAUUACUGGCAGAGAUAGUCUCAACGCUAUCAAACAAACAGCGUUGUCAGAACUCCAGAAAUGCGAACAGGAUGCACAGCAACAACUUCGACAAGCGUUGCAACCACUUGAUGCAGCAGAAAAUACUGGAAACCAAUACCUCAAUGAAUUAAACAUGGUUUUCCUUAACUGCUAUUCCUCGAAUAUUAUGCAAAUGCAAAGUUGCAUUGCCAUCAAAUUGGGAACCAUCAACGCAUCUAUCAGAACAUACGAGAACACGGUCAAUUCAUUGAAAAGAGAAGCUCAAAGAGCCGCGAACCAAGCGUACCUCUCAGCAUUCUCCUGCAACAACAGUGUAGUUACAAAUAUAUUCAGUGGAAUCUCAGGCGCAAAGAUAGCUGUAAACAGAUGCGUUAAAAGCUAAGACGACUCAAUCUUAUUAGAAGUACCUAAUAAAAAUACCUAACACAUUAUGUUUUUGUUAACACAAAUUUAACAUGUCGUUAUAUUGCCACCUUUUAAUAAAUUAUUUAUUUUUCAUAAA